UAAACGCAGUGAAACAACAAAUCUUAGAAGAGGGAAAAAAGAAGAGUCACUGUGUGUUGUUGACUUGGUUGGUUUGACCUAAAGAUGGCGACUUCGAUGAUUCAGAGAUUGUUCAAACAGGGAACAAAGAUCGUCGGCGUUGGACUCAAUUACGCUUCUCACGCCAAAGAACUUGGCAUUAGCAACGCCCUCCCAAAGGACCCGAUUGUGUUCUUAAAGCCAACUUCGUCGUACCUGGAAAACGGUGGAACAAUAGAGAUCCCACAUCCACUGGAUUCACUUCACCAUGAGGUGGAACUCGCUGUAGUAAUUGGACAGAAAGCUAGAGAUGUCCCUGAACGGUUAGCCAUGGAUUACAUUGGAGGAUAUGCGCUUGCUCUUGAUAUGACUGCUAGGGAACUCCAAGUUUCUGCCAUGGCAUCUGGUCUCCCAUGUACGCUUGCUAAAGGACAGGAUACAUUUACUCCCAUCAGCUCUGUUCUACCAAAGGCAAUGGUGCUGGAUCCCAAUAACCUGGAACUUUGGCUAAAGGUCGAUGAUGAGACAAGACAGAAAGGUUGGACAAAGGACAUGAUAUUCAAGGUCCCAUAUCUCAUCAGCUACAUAAGUUCUGUAAUGACCCUUUUCAAAGGAGAUGUCAUAUUAACAGGUACACCAGAAGGUAUAGGACCUGUAAAGAUUGGUGAGAAGAUAACUGCUGGAAUCACUGGUCUUUCUGAAGUUCAGUUCGAUGUCGGUAGGCGUGUUAAGCCGUUGUUCAGAUAGUGUGUUUUGUGAAUCUUUUUGUCUUUAACUCUUUUUUUUUUUUUUGUGUAUAAUCCUCAAUUUAUAUCUUGUAAACAUUGUUGUGAAUUGUGAUGAUGAUACAUGUUAAUCAAGUUUAAACUACACAUUAGAGUUAAAU